CGGAAGCUAGGGCACAAAGUGAGCGCGGGGAAGUCGGAGAGUAACCGAGGUCAGCAGUGAAAUUGCGGGUUCUCUGUCAUUGCUCAGGGCCUGCACGGUGGGGAAUCUCAUGGUGCAGACCUGGGUGCGGAGGACACGGCGGGGUGUCGCGGGGACGCGAAAUCUCCCCGGAGCCGCAGUCGCCGCGCGGGGCGGCCUGGGAAAGUCACCAGUCAGCAGCGCAGUGGCGGGAACCGCAGCCCGGCGGCCCUGGAACCUCCCAGGGCUAAAUGAUCACCCAGACCUGCUCACCUGUGCAGCAGAACAAAGUGACCUGGAAGGAGAGAGGAGGCAGGAGCUAAGGGUCCAGGGCAGUGACCAUCUAUUCACUGUUCCUGAAAGAGAAAGCCAAAGAAGAGAAACAGUUAGAAAUGGUUGAUUCUCCAGUAAUCACGUUUCAGGGUCUGUUGACAUUCAGGGAUGUAGCUGUGGACUUUCCCCAGGAGGAGUGGGAAUGCCUGGACUCUGCUCAGAGGGCUUUGUACAUUGAUGUGAUGUUGGAGAGUUACAACAACCUGGUCUUUGUGGAGAAUUAUUACAGAUGGGAUCCUGUCCAUAAACUUCUGAAGACGGAAAAGGAGUCUUGUCAGUGUAAUGACCUUGGGAAAGUGCUUCAUGACCCCUCCACAUGUGCACUUUAUAGAACAAGUCAAACUACAGAAAACUCUAAUAACUACACAUGUAGUAACAACAAGGAUGCCUCUACUAACUCAUCAAACCUAGAUAGACAUGAAAACAUGCACACUGGAGAAGAACUUUGCAAAUCUAAAGACUGUGAGAAAUCCUUAAAUUUGUGUUCCAUCAUUACUCAAGAUCAAAGACUCUACACUGCAAAGAAGGAGCACAGGCAGGGAGAAUAUGAUGACUAUUUUGCCUCUGCAUACAGUCUUUUGCAACAAGCCAUUCGAGAGACACCAUACCAAUGUGGAAAUUGCGGAAAAUGCUUUAGGACUGCCUCAUACCUCACUGAACAUGAGAGAAUUCAUACUGGAAUUAAACCCUACAAGUGCAAUGUUUGUGAAACAUCUUUUACCCUGCUUUCAAGUCUUGAUAUACAUCUAAGACUUCAUACAGGGGAGAAUCCUUACAGAUGCAAAGAAUGUGGAGUGUCAUUUCAUCAGUUGUCAGCAUUUCAAAGCCAUCUGAAGUUGCAUAAUGGAGACAAACCUUACAAAUAUAAGAAAUGUGACAAUUCCCUUGUCCACUCUUCCACUCUCAAGAAACAUCAGAAAAAGCAUAUUGUUAGGAGAAAUUAUAUUUGUCAAGAAUGUGGCAAAGUCUCUCAUAGUCCUUCACACUUUAAGGAUCAUUCCAGAGUUCAUACUGGAGAGAAGCCUUUCAAAUGCAGUGAGUGUGACAGAGCCUUUCCCCACUAUUCAUCAUUGAGUAGGCAUAGGAAAACUCAUAAUCCAGAGCAAAUGCACAAAUGUAAAGAAUGUGGUAAGUCCUUUCUUGAAUUAUCAUAUCUUAAAACACAUUACAGAAUCCAUACUGGUGAAAAGCCUUUCAAAUGUAAGGUAUGUGACAAAUCCUUUACCUACCACUCAGCCCUUAAAACACACCAGAAAGUUCACACUGGGGAGAAGCCUUACAAAUGUAAGGAAUGUGAUAAAUCUUAUACUAGAUUCUCAUCUCUAAGAGCACAUCAGAAAAUUCAUACUGUAGAGAAACUUCACAAAUGCAAAGACUGUGACAUGUCCUUUAUUGAUCUUGCAAGUCUUAUAAAACAUCAAGGAGUUCAUACUGGAGAGAGACCUUACAAAUGUAACGAAUGUGACAAAUCCUUUACCAGUGUCACAGUUCUUAAAAGACAUCAGAUAGUUCAUACUGGGGAGAAACCUUACAAAUGUAUGGAAUGUGACAAGUCCUUUACUCAGGAGUCAAAUCUUAGAAGACAUCAGAGAGUUCAUACUGGAGAGAGACCUUUAAGUUGUAAAGAAUGUGACAAAUCUUUUACAAGGUGCUCCUACCUCAGAGCACAUCAGAAAAUCCAUACUGGGGAUAAACCAUACAAAUGCAACGACUGAUAUAUCCUUUAUCCUAAUUCUGAGUCUUAGAAGACAUUAGAAAAUUCAUACUGGAGAGAAACAUACCAUUGUAAAUGAUGUGACAUAGCAUUUUCCAGUUCUCUGCUUUCAGAUCACAGCACUACACAAAAUAGAAACAUAAACUUGUGAAAAUCUUUAAUGAAGGUUUACAUCUUAAAAGAUAUCCUAGAGUUUAUAUUAAAUAAAAUUCUGCAAAUAUAA